AUGGAAAGGCUGGUUUGUUUUUGUUUUUUUUUGGUGAACGUUAUUUUGCUGUUGUCCAACACACAGCAAGUACCAUCAUUUCUUAUUGCUGCCCCAAAUGUGCUGCAUUUGGGCACGCAGGAGACAAUAAUGGUUCAAGUCCACAGAGCACAACAUCCUGUGGAAGUUACUGCAUACAUCAAAGAUGAAACAAAAGAUCAGUUCCUAUCAGAGAGGAUCAUCUUUAAUCUCAACCAAAAUAACAAUUACCAGGAGUUGAAAAAAGUAGUGGUCACACCAGGAGCUCUGACGCAAGAUCUGUUCAAGAAGAGUAGUCAGCCAUAUGUUCUGCUAGUCACUGAAAGCAGGGAACUAUAUAAGGAGACAACUCAAAGCACUCGCAUGCUCCUGUCUUCCAAGAAAGGCUACAUUUUCAUCCAGACAGAUAACCCUAUAUACACACCAAGUUCCAAAGUAAAAUACAGGAUCUUCAUUCUGGAUAAUGCUAUGAGGCCAGCAGAUGACACAGUUACUGUUGCUGUGCUGAAUUCGAAAGGAGUGUUGGUUAAAAAGUCAGACCAGAAAAUAAAAACAGCAUUCGGUGAUAGCUUUGAAAUACCUGACAUUGCUGAGCCUGGAACUUGGAAAAUCAAAGCCUAGUUUCAUCAAUACAAAAUGUCUAAUGUUUCUGCUGAACUUGAAAUUAAAAGUUAUGAACUUCCAUCUUUUGAAGUUAAACUCAUCCCACUUCAGCCAUUCUACCACAUCUGGAAUGAAACCUUUGUGUUUGAUAUCGAGGCAAAACACUCUUAUAGGAAACCAACAGGUGUUGCAUAUGUGACAUUCAGCAUAAUUGAUGAAAAUGAGAAAAAAGUCUUUCUUCCAGGCCUGGAACAACAGCUAUCAGUAAGUACUGGGCUUCGAGGAACAGUGACUUGAAAUACACUGCUUUUGGAAGAGAAAUUAAGAAAGACUAUUUCCGCUCUGUAAGGGUUUCAUUUAUAUGUUGCUGCUACCACUGUAGAAACUGCAAGUGGUGAGAUCAAAGAGGAACUAAGCAAUGUGAAACUUGUGAAAUCUCCUUAUGCUGUGGAUCUGUCUAGCACCAAAAAGUAUUUUGUGCCUGGAGCCCCCUUCUCUGUUGUGGCAUCUGUCACAUUGGUUGAUGGCUCUCCUGCUGCCUCUGUACCAGUCACUUGUACUGUUGCCUUGCCUGGAAAACUACCACUGAAGAAGACUGAACUUUCCAAUAAAGAGGGUCUAAUCUCCUUUAUGUUUGACAUCCCUGGAGAUGCUCAGAAUAUUCAAAUAACGGUAAAGGCUGAAGAGGGAAAAGAAAAAUUAGAAUCACCUGAAACCAGCAUCAGAGCUGAAAGAUACCAGUCUGCUUCCCUGAACUACCUCAGUAUAAGCAUCCCACAUACUAUUGUGACACCUGGAGAUAACUUACUUAUCACCUUGAAUGAUAUUCAUCAUUCCAGUGGUGGAAACAUCGACUAUUUUUUAUUAUAUGCUAUUAGAGAACACUUUGUUGUAUUUAAUGCUAUGAAUUCAUAUGAUCUUGGAUGUGCUCCAGGUGGUGGUGCAAAUAGCAUUCAAGUUUUAACUGAUGUUGGUUUGGCCUUUUUAUCAGAUACGAUUAAAUCCAAUUUGAGAGAAGGCUAUAAAUGUCUCCAGGUUAGUAGAAGGUGGAAGAGAUCUUUGGAUUUUCAGAAGAAAAUGUCAGGAAUUGCGAGCAGAUAUCAAAACACUAACCUACAGAAAUGCUGCACAGACAGAAUGAAAUUAAAUCCCAUAAGGUUUUCAUGUGCAAAAAGGCUAACAAAGGUGGCUGGCUCACCCAAAUGCAGAUACGCCUUCCAAGAUUGCAGUCAGAAAGCCACAGCUCUCAGAAAAAAGGCGAAGAGGAGGAAAAGAGCGGGCUUGGCACGAUGGCGGUUCCCUCCUUCAACCUUCCGCCGGGCACCGGGACGCACAGCCCUACUUACAGGCCGGCCGCUCUCGCCUCGGCACUCCCAAAAACGCCUUCGGAGCCACGGGCUCCAGACUGCGCCCAGCUUACGGGCCGGCCCUCCUGGCUGCAGCAUAGCAACUCCUCUUCAGGAGCCCAGGGAGCCACCUCGACCCUCUAAGGGCCCAGGAAGGAGCGCUCCUGAGAGCUGCCGAAAACAGCCUCCUAGGACCUGCUUACAGGGACCUCCGGCUGCUCCUGGGGACGCACAAGGACAGAGGGGGACAGACGGCUCCACGACUCAUCGCACAGGCCCCGACUACAGGCCUGUUGAGCUGCCACGUUGA